CCGGAAGUGUUUGAACUUCCGAAAAACAAACUUCUCAAGAUAAAAAAGUAGGCGUGUUUUGUUUUUGCGCGAUGAAUUUAAGCGCUUCAAACACGUAUGGUAAUGGACUCCUGUAUUCCGGCUGGAACCAAGACCAAGGAUGUUUUGCAUGUGGAAUGGAAAGUGGAUUUCGAGUCUACAAUGCAGACCCUUUGAAAGAAAAAGAACGCCAGGAUUUUACAGAUGGUGGCAUUGGCCAUAUUGAGAUGUUGUUCAGAUGUAACUACUUGGCUUUGGUGGGAGGGGGAAAGAAUCCCAGAUACCCUCCAAACAAAGUGAUGGUAUGGGAUGACCUGAAGAAGAAGCAUGUGAUAGAGCUUGAGUUCUCCAGCGAAGUCCGCAGUGUGAGGCUACGCAGGGACAGAAUUGUGGUGGUGCUGGACACAAUGAUCAAAGUUUACACGUUUACACAGAACCCCCAACAGCUUCAUGUGUUUGAAACUUGCCAAAAUACAAAAGGUCUGUGUGUGAUGUGUCCAAACAGUAACAACUCCCUGCUCACAUUCCCGGGGAGAAAGAUGGGCCAUGUGCAGGUCGUCGACCUCGCCAACACAGAGAAACCUCCCCUAGACAUCGAUGCACAUGAGGCCUCGCUCAGUUGCAUGGCCCUUAACCUGCAGGGCACACGGCUGGCAACAUCGUCAGAUAAGGGCACAUUGAUACGAGUAUUUGAUACAAGUAACGGUCAACAGUUACAUGAGCUUCGGAGAGGGGCCAAUCAUGCUAACAUUUUUUGUAUAAACUUUAACCAAGAUUCCACAUUACUGUGUGUAUCUAGUGAUCAUGGGACAGUGCAUAUAUUUUCAACGGAGGAUACCAAAAAGAAUAAACAGUCAAGUUUGGCAGGUGCCGGUUUUCUUCCUAAGUAUUUCAGCUCCAAGUGGAGUUUCUGCAAGUUCCAGGUGCCUGGUGGGGCUCACUGCAUGUGUGCCUUCGGCUCGGACAGUAACUCUGUGAUAGUGGUGUGUGCAGACGGUAGCUACUACAAGUUUGUGUUCAACCAGAAGGGGGAGUGUACGCGAGACAUGUACUCACAGUUCCUUGAGAUGACAGACGAUCGAUCAUAGUCGCACACACAUUACUCUCAUAUACAUCAAUAAACUGUCACCUUCAUAACUCAUAGUUAUAUGGAACAUUAAUUCUGUGGCUAGUUGCCGUAGCAAAGAGUACAACACAGUGCUCUGUCAGAGCUCUCAUUAUAUAAAGCUACGACCCAACGACCUGAAUCAAAAUAGUGUUUUCCAGUUAAAAAUAGAAAAAGUUUACCAAUAGAAAGAGUUGCAAAUUUAAGCCAAACCCACAGAAAGUCCAUGUGGUUUUUAACCAACAGAUUUUCUAUCAGACAACUUAAAUCGAAAUAGAGCUAUCGGCUUGGCAGCGAAAUUUUAGCCAGGCGACCUAUAUGGCCCUCUAUGCUAACUUAUGGUUGCAAAGGAUAUGGUUGUAGAGUGCUUGAUAGAAAAUAGUUCAAGCAAGCAGCCCUGUUAAAGUCAGAUACUUCUUGCUUUUCCCUUUUCAAUGUUAACUGGCAAGCGAGAUAUUUUGGAUAGCGAUGGUCCUAUUUACUAAGUGUCCCUUUUUUACAUUUUAAAAUAUGUUAAAUCUUAUUCAUUGGAAAUACUGCUUUUGUUGCAAUAAGAACUAUAUCGCUGAUUUUUUUCAUCAUAAAUUAUUAUGACGUCACAUGAUGUAUAUCCUAUGUAAAACAAUUUUAAAUCAUAAUUUCAAACCAUUGAAAUAUUGACUUGUUUCACAAUUAAUUUUCAGCAGAAGUGUUGAUGUGCAUUUAUGUUUAAGUAUGAUAUGCUCAUGUCCAUCUUCCAUUACAAUAUAAUGUCUUGGUAGGAUCAUAUGUGCCAGACAUCGACAUUCCUUGUAUUAACCGGUGCUUUAAAAACUGCGUUCAUGCAUAUCUCCCAUGUAUGAUGAGUCAGGAACAACAAUGCGCCUUAAGUAUAUUUAGCCGGAUUUUUCAUCGAAAAAUUCCAGGUUAUAGAUUGACGAAAACUCCGGCGUUCGGGUGAUGUUUACGAUUUUGUGUUUAAGUUAUAUUUUUGUGUCAUAAACAAAACAGUUUUUAUUUUGGUGCUGUAAAAUAGGCCAUUAAGUGGAAUAUUAAAACAAAAUACUAGUAGUGUUAUAUGUUCUUAUUCCGUUCAUAAAUACUAUAGUCUUUAUCCAAUUUUCAUGAAACUUGGUCAGAACAUUUGUCAACAUGAUGUUUAGGACCACUGUUAAUAUGAGUCAUGGAAGGUCAACAAAUAGGUCAGAAAAGUUUGAAGGUGGGUCUGCACCAUUUACCUUUUCCUCUAUUCUAUUAAACUUACAACCUGCUGCAAAAUCUUAUUUGUCAAAAUGAAAAAUUGGGCAUUAAUGUGUUGUCUGCAUUAAUCCCUUAUAGAAAUGCAUAAAGAUAAAGAUAAGUGUAUUUUAAAAGUAAUAAUAAUUUGUAAUUAUUAUACUAAGUAAAACUCUGGAAAAGUUAAAAAAAAAUCUUUUCGUAGAAACUGUUUUAUAUCCAUUCAAAUGAUAGCCCCUGAUAAUGUCAGCAAAUAAUUACACACUUGUAUUGUAUGGUGCGAUGACCCAAUACUGCAUAUUAAGAGUCAGAUUUAACCAUAAUAAACACUUGUUAGGUAUGUAAGAAAAAGAACUGACCAUGAACAUGUUAUCGGUCAGACUUGGGAAACAACCAUCAGUUAUGUGUAUAGUUAACUCGGCAAAUCUUGGGUCAAGUUCUGGACUUCAUACAUAAUAAUGAUAGAUGCAUUUAAUUGUACAUGCUCUGGGUUUCUCCACUGUCUGUUUAAAUAAGUUUGACAUUAAGAUGCUGCCAGUUUACACAGAGUUAUAAUGAUUUCAUGGAUUUGAACUUCAUUAUACAAAUACGACCUUUUUUUGUACCCUAAUUGGCGUUCCCAUUAAAUCAAACAAUAGAAAUAGCAAUACACGAGGCCACAGUCACAUUAUUCCAUUCAUUAUGGAGCCAGUGUGUUGCAGGAAUGAUGUACAAUAUUUAUGAAUUUCUGUUGCUGAACAAUUAAAAUUAUAUGUAAUAUUUCGUGCCAAUUUGUGCUUUCAUCAAACAUCUGAUCAUCAAGUCAUAGACAGAUCCAUCACUCGUGUGUAUACGAGUUUCAAAAGGUUUGACAUAUUUGAAUUUAUGUAUCUGAUUUACAAAUAAGUCUGUCACUCCAUCGAGCCAUUAGUAACAAUGUAAAUUUUUCAUCCCUUGAGACCCAAUGAAAUGUUGGUAUCCUUUGAAAGGGUGCUCUUAACUUUUAACUGAUGUGUAAAAUAAAUGGUAAAAAAGUCAUCAUACAUAAUGUUAUUGCAUUUCUUGAUUUUAGCUCUACUGGCCAAAGGCCAGAAGAGCUUAUGCGAUGGUAAUGUGUAUGUAGUAUGUGCGUCCGUGCAUCCGUACGUCUGUAAUCAUUUUCUUGUUAACGCGAUACAGUCUCUGUGUCUGUAGUUUGCACAUUCAUCUUAACAAAAUUGGUUGUGAAUGUUUGUUUAAGUUAUGCACCUGGGGUCAUUACUGGUCGCACCCAGGGCUCACAGGUUUGGUAGAAUUAAAUUGGGAUAGGUUUGAAAAUAUUUGUGUGUUUUUGCAUCCUUCUCAGCACAAUUGCUUGUGAAUGUUUGUUCAAAUUGAUCAAUGUUGUCCUGGGAUGCCCUUGAAUUUGACCUUUUGACCAACUUUUUUUAAAUUUUUAAAACUACAGAAAUUUUUUCCAUGAGUACAGUUUUGAAAGCAUUUUUUUUGUCAGAUGACUUUUACUUGGCACAUAUUAAAAUAGUUCAUGCAACUAAUCUGCUUACAAUACUUCCUGGGCUCAGAUGUUGAACGUGCAACGUUUUCAGGUAACCCAAACACAAAAUGUGAAUUUAAUGUCUGUUGCCUUUUACCCAUACAUACAUGCUCUGGAUUAAAAAUGACCACAAGAGCCAUGCCAGUAGAGCAUAGGCCCUUUUGGGCCUCUUAUUAUUUUUUGUUUCAAUUAGACGAGAAAUAACUGAUUUUACAUCCUUGAAUAAGUACAAAAAAACUUUUGGUAAUACAGUCCAAAUUUGCUAUGUCGACAUCGGAUAUCUCGACUUUCUGGUUGUGUCGACUUUUUUCCCCGGUCCCUAAUUUAUUCCUUCUUAUUCUUUAUAAAAUAAAUCUGCUAAUGUCGAUUUUUGCUAUGUCGACCUAAUCCAGUCCCUGUGGUCGAAUUUCACACAUUUUCUUUGUUUUUUUAUGAUUCUUUGUUUAUGAUUCUAAACUGUUUCAAAGGAUAUUAAAACAAAAUGGGUCAACACUAAAAUUAUCAUAAUUGUAUAUACAAUACCUUGAUGUGUCAUAGAAGUGAUGUGCUUAAAUAUAAAGUGUGCUUUAUACGGAUAAACCACAGUGUCUCAUGCAGGAGACUGUCAUUUGUAUAAACUGAUGUUACAGUUAUGCCAGUCUUUUGGAAAUAAUAUUAUACUUUUUUCCUGUUUUAUGCUGUGAUGUUAUUUAUGCAGUGCUCCUGCCAGGUUUUAAAAAGGGCAAAGUCAGAACAGGCCCUUUUGAUGUGCCUUGAAUGAGCCUUAAUGAAUCGGGUCUUUGCAAGGGCCAAUGUUCGAUUCUUAUUGUGUACUAAUUAUUAGAACACGUAUUGUUAGAACUACUUUUAAUACUAAUAGUUUGCUAUGAAUACCUUAGCUGUUAUAUUUUCUUUAUAUUUUUAAAAGUAUGUAUAUUAAUUUUAUUACUUUUAUACUUAUGUUCUGACAAUUGAAUCUAGUCAAACUAAAGGACAUAGAGGGUGUAGUAAAAAGGCAGCAGGGUGCUGGAAAAUGGAGGCGGGGUGCCCCACCCUGCUAUUUCAGCCUAGCUGGAGCACUGUUUAUGUAAUAGUAUUGCAACUGCAUCUAAGCCUAGUGUUUUAACUUGUACAUGAGCACUCUGUGCGAGCAUAUAAUUUCAAUCAUGAAGAAAGUGGGUGCCCCUAAAAAAAAGAAUACAUUUUUACCAAAAUAUGCUUAAAUUGUAGAAAAAAAGUGUAUGAAUGCAGAAAAAUCAUGAUGUAACUGUUUUUCACCAUGUUGAUGCUGUCAAGGGCUAUCUUUAAUAUGUAGCAUGGGGUACAAAUGUAUAUUGUAUGCAGAGUAGUUAUUGAAUGGUUAAGCUCCGCCUUUUUGCUUCUGUUUUGAUAUGGGAGACAAUAUACAUGUAUAUACAAAUACAAUUACCAGCAUGAUACAAUCCAACUUCUUGAAACAGGUAGUUUCAAAUUUAAUAAGUGGAAUAUUUUUGCAUUCAAAUUAGUGAACUUGAAUUUCCUUUUGAAAAUUUGCUUUGCUUGUUAGAAGUUUCUUCCAUCUAGGUGGAAUUAUUGUCUUCCGUAAAUAAUAUUAAUAAUGUAAAUAAAAAAUAUAUAUACAUUGUUUUAUUUAUAAAUUGUAAUUAAGAAAUGUAAUAAGUUAUUGAAAUAUUUGAGAUAUUCUUUAAUAUACAUUUAAUGCAAAUGUUUUGCUUUUUUUUCUAUUAUCUCUUGACAUAUUAAGGAUUAAAAAACAUUAUCUUCCUAUCAGAAGAUUUUUCUAUUGUUAACAAAUUUAUAGUGUUUGAACAGACCAGCUUUAUCAGUAAAUACACAAUGUAUACAUGUGUGUUGAGAUUACAGUUGAGGUGUUGUGAAAUCCGUCUUGUACGAGAACAUAAGCGGUACAUGUUUUGUACUUUGUUUGUGUUACAUCAUCUAGAUAUGUGGAUGAAGUUUAACAAGUUUAAGACGACAGGAACAAAUGCACGAGGAAGGGGAUUUAUGUGUUUAUGUGAGCAUACUCGUCAACGUUUAUAAUGUGCAAACAACGGCAUUUUUUUAACUUGCAUAUAGCUACAUGUCCAUGUACAUAUUGUGAAUCACAAACUCUACUGUGUAUGAAUAUGCUUGUAAAUAUUAUGCACCAGUCAAUCGUAACCACCGCCCCCCUAAGUCCAGGGAAUAGCAGGGACUUUGCCUUUCGGUAACCCUAGGUAAGGCCCAUUCCCCACUAUAUUUGGCGCGAAGAUAAAACCACCGCAUUCACCCGGCACUGCGGUGCCACCGGGAAGGUAAAAUUAAACAAUGCCCAAUUUCCCCGGCUAUCACCGGUAUACCAUUGGACCUGGGAGGGGGUGCCGUGGUUACAAUUGACUGGUGCAUUAUGUUGUUUGUAUCGGGCAUUCAAUUCUUACCCAUGUCAAGUAUAUGUAAAGGUCGUAUAUUUUCAAUACUCAAAAAAAUGGGGGGGGGGUCAGGAAAUUCUAACUUUGUUAUAAAAAAUCGCUAAAAGUUAGUCAGGUUUUUUUGUUUAACAAAUGUGGCUUGCAAUAAGAUGAACCAGUCUACAAGAUAGCCCCACACUAGGCACAUUAUUUUGUACAGUGUAAACGAAAUAAUAUGAAACUGAAUUGUAUUUCUACGAGCUGUAACAAGAAUUGGUCCAAUACACAGAGAUUCUGGAAUGUGAUUUCUGCUACUUUUUGUGAAAUCUGUAUGUUAUCAAGCAGGUUUCUUUAGGAAAAAAACUCUUUCCCAGACCAACAUGACCUCUUUUGUAGAAGAGUAAUGUAUGUUAAUGUUUUCCAAUACUCUUUGAGAACUAGAUAUAUUUGCAGAUUAUCUUUCCUCAAUCGUCUUCAAAAUUAUUGAUUAUAAAAAUAUAAUGAUGAUAAAUACACAACAAGAUUUCAGUACAUUUGUUUAAUACUGCCAUAUUCAAAUAAAUAACUGACGUAAGAAAGGAUAUUCCAAUAUGUGAAUUGCAAAUAAACAAGGGAAAAGUCCGUCAAAUCCAAAAGUAUCAUUCCACAUUCAAAUACCAAUAUCUCAAAAAAUGAUCUUAUAAUUGAUACAAAAUUUUGUGUUACAAUUAAGCAAUAAUUCCUUGACAUAUUUUGAUUGUUAGACAUAGAGAAGAAUAAAUGAUCUUUGUCAUAAUUUUUUAUUUUGACCUUUUUUGACAGCAAAAUAAAAUACACAUGUAAAUCCACCUUAGAAUAACCAUGAAGCCUUAUUUAUGAAAGUAUUUUUUGGAAUCCUUAUUUUGCUCCAAAUUUAUGAAUUCUAGAAAAAGAUAUGAGCAUCUAUGUCUUAAGGUGUUUAUCACCCCAAAAAACAAGAACAUCUUUAAAAUUGAAUUUAAAAUAUCUUAAAAAUCUUAAUUUAAAUCUGUGUUCAUGAACAUAAAAGUUUCAACACCUCGACUUGAUCUUUCAAUGAACCAGUGCAUAUGGUUAACAAUUGAAUCAUUUUUUUUAUUUAAUAAAAAAUGUUGGCAAUAUUUUUGACAUUUCAGUGACUGAAACUUUGUCAACACAAAUGUGGAGAUGCUUUUGACAUUAUAUGUAGAUUAUAUGUAUAAUUGUUCCUUAGUAAAAUGAUGAAAUCAAAGUGAUAAUUCUAAUGAAAACUUAUACACAGUAACUGACAUUGUUAAAGAUGCGCUGCAUCAAAUGUUUGUUAUGUUAAAAUGUUAAGCUUAUUUGCGCUGUGCAAAUGAAGAUACGUUUCGUUGAAAAAUGUUUGUUUUGUAUAUUUUUUACAUCGUACUCACACAAUAAAAAAUGAAAAAAUAUUUCAUGUUGAGAUAUGAAAUGUAACAAUAAUGAAAAUAUUGAAAAUAAAUUGUUGAUAUG